AUGUCUUCCGCUCCCGCUCCGUCUUCCCGGCCCGGUCUGACAGCACCCUCCGGCGCCGCGAUACCCUCAGACCUGGACCUGGCAGCUGCUUUCCCGCAGGAUGCCUUCCCUCGUCUGUCCGUCGCGACGCCCACGCGGUUGAUGCUGGGCACAAUCUCGUCAGCCCUCGUGGGCUUCUCGCUUGGUGCGACACAAGGUGGUCAGAUGGCGCAGCUGCGGUUCCGGGCCGAGCACGCACACAAGAUGCCCGACACGACAACAGGGUGGUACUUUUACCACAAGAGCAAGAACUACCACGCCAUGCAGGGCGGCAUCCGUGAGGGCUUUCGCAUGGGGUUCAAGACGGGGUUCUGGAGCUUGUUGGCCCUGUCGCUCGAGAGCACGGUCGAUCGUUAUCGCGGGGCCAGCGACAUGUUUUCCACCACGAUAGCCACGCUUACAGUAGCUGGCGCGUUUUCACUCUGGCGUGAGUACCUCUUUUUCAUUACUAUCUGUCCUCUUUUUGCCUCGGCUGCAUGCAUGCAUACAUUGACUAAGAGGUAA